GCAGUAACUCCAUGCCUUUCAGUGAAGUGCCRAUAUUUUUGGUCAGCUUUAGAUCUCAGGCUUGUUAUCAGUUUAUUACUGCUUAAUAAGUUACUGUGUAUCAUGUGAGGUACAGUAAUGAAAGCCUAGCCGUGUAAUCUAGCUUAAAUUGCAGUUUAAGAAGUUUGUAUUGCCUGGCUGUGGACUAAGAGUGUGCAUAGGGUAACUGAGAUGUGGAAAUGUGAACUUGGGCCUCUAAUGAAGAGUGUGUGUGGGUGAUCCUGAUCCUUACCAAGUAUUAUCACACCGACAUGGGAAAAGUGUUGGAGAGCUCUUUGUGGAGGUCAUCAGAUUUUGGGACUUUGUACACAAAGCUGAAUCUACAGCCGGGGAUUGCCACUGUUAUCGACAAUUUCUACAUUUGCCCCACCAACAAGAAAAAGAUAAUUCUUGUAAGUUCUUCCCAUAAUGAUCGUGAUCAAAGUCUUUUCAUAAGCACGGAUGAAGGAGCCACUUUCCAAAAACAGCCCAUUAAUUUCUUUGUGGAAACUCUCCUUUUUCACCCCAAAGAAGAAGACAAAGUACUUGCUUACACCAAAGAAGGCAAGGUUUAUGUGUCUGUCGACUUGGGGAAAAAGUGGAUCCUGCUGCAGGAGCGAGUUUCAAAAGAUCAUAUUUUUUGGGCUGUUGCUGGAGUUGAUGGAGACCCUGAUUUAGUUCAUAUGGAAAUCCAGGACACCAGUGGAGGUUAUCGUUACAUCACUUGCCAGAUUCAAAAUUGUUCUGAUAAGACAAUGAGAGUCCAGUUUGCUGGUGGCACUGAUCGGGAUUCCCUGACUGUGCAGGAUGACUACAUAUUUCUUCAGACAACAUCAGCAAACCGGACCAGGUAUUACGUGUCUUACCGUCGAAAUGGCUUCGUGCAGAUGAAGUUACCAAAAUACGCAUUGCCAAAAGAUUUACAGAUAAUCAGUACGGAUGAAAAUCAGGUAUUUGUGGCUGUUCAGGAGUGGUACCAGACAGACACAUACAACCUGUACCAGUCUGACCCACAAGGUGUUUACUACUCCAUCCUACUAGAGAAUGUCCGGAGCACAAAACAACCGGAAGAGAAUGUCCUGAUAGAUAUUCUAGAGGUCAGAGGUGUAAAGGGAGUCUUUUUGGCCAACCAGAAGAUUGAUGGGAAAGUUACAACUCUAAUAACCUACAACAAAGGCCGUGACUGGGAUUUUUUGAACCCUCCAGACAUUGAUAUGAAUGGCAAACCAACAAACUGCAAGCCUCCUGAUUGCUACCUUCACCUCCAUCUUCGCUGGGCAGACAAUCCAUACGUGUCAGGAACAGUCCAUACUAAGGAUACUGCACCAGGGCUGAUAAUGGGGGCAGGUAACCUGGGGUCGCAGCUGGUUGAAUAUAAAGAAGAGAUGUACAUAACAUCGGACUGUGGGAAGACGUGGCGCCAGGUCUUUGAAGAAGAACAUCACAUCUUGUACUUGGACCAUGGUGGAGUAAUUGUCGCCAUCAAAGACACUUCGAUCCCUCUGAAAAUACUCAAGUUCAGCAUAGAUGAAGGCCAGACCUGGAGUACACACAAUUUUACCAGCACUUCAGUCUUUGUGGAUGGACUGCUUAGUGAACCUGGAGACGAGACACUAGUCAUGACAGUCUUUGGACAUAUUAGUUACCGUUCCGACUGGGAACUGGUGAAGGUAGACUUCAGACCAUCCUUCCCCAGGGAGUGCACUGAUGAUGACUAUGAAUCUUGGGAUCUCACAAAUCUACAGGGUGAUCGUUGCAUCAUGGGUCAACAAAGGAGCUUUCGGAAGAGGAAGAUUUCAUCAUGGUGCAUUAAAGGGAGGAGUUUCACAUCGGCUCUCACAUCCAAAGUUUGUGAAUGUGUGAAUUCUGACUUUUUAUGUGAUUAUGGGUUUGAGCGUUCUGCAGCUCUGAAGCCAGACUCUAGUAAAUGCUUUGCUGACUUUUGGUUUAACCCAGAAGCACCUCCUGAAGACUGUGUGCUGGGGCAGGCAUAUACAAGCAGCACUGGGUACAGGAAAGUUGUUUCUAAUGUGUGUGAAGGUGGUGUAGACCUGCAGCAGAACUUAGCACAGCAUAUGUGUCCAUUGAUUGCUCCSAAAGGACUCCAGAUCAGCAUCAGAGGAGAAAGCCUGGCUGUUAAGCCUGGGGAAGACAUCACCUUCAUUGUCAGACAAGAGCAGGGUGAUACAUUGAAUACCAAAUACCAGGUAGAUCUUGGAGAUGGAUUUAAGGCAAUAUAUGUGAAUCUCACAAUGACUGGAGAACCAAUUCGUCACCGUUACGAGAACCCCGGGAUUUAUCGUGUCUCAGUUAAGGCUGAGAAUGUUGCUGGGCAUGAUGAGGCUGUGAUGUUUGUCCAAGUUAAUUCUCCAUUGCAAGCUUUAAAUUUGGAAGUGCUUCCAGUCAUUGGCAGAAACCAGGAGGUGAACCUGACAGCCAUCAUAUUGCCAAAGAAUCCUAAUUUGACAGUCUUCUACUGGUGGAUAGGAAACAGUCUUCAGCCACUUCUUACACUGGAGAGUUUUUUGGUGGCAAGAUUUGCUGAGACAGGUGAAGUUAGAGUUACAGUGCAAGCUUCUUGUGGGAACUCCAUGCUUCAGGAUUCAAAGGUUGUCCAUGUUUUUGAUCAUUUUCAUGUUCUUCCUCUGAAGUUUACUAAGCACCUGGACAUGUACAACCCCGACAUACCAGAAUGGAGGGAAGACAUAGGGCGAGUAGUAACUCGACUUCUUGCAAAGGAAACUAAUAUACCUGAAGAAACUCUUGUGACRGUUGUGAAACCUGGUCUGCCCACAACUGCUGACUUGCAUGUGCUGCUACCAGCAAACCAGCCCAAGAGGAAGAUGAGUAUAACUAGUGAUAAGAGGAUAGUGGCUAUAAAGCAAGCCUUGAACGCGCACAACAUCAGUUUCUUUCUGCGAGGAGGACACUGGGUCUUAGUGACUUUAGCUGACUCUGAUUCAGACUCUGAAAGGCUUGGAGGAGGCAGUGGCUACUGGGCUAUUGUCGUUCUCUUUGUUAUCUGUCUAGUCGUAGUUGGAGCUUUUAUCCUCUACAAAUUUAAAAGGAAACUCCCAGGCAGAAAUGUCUAUGCCCAGAUGCACAACGAAAAGGAGCAGGAGAUGACAAGCCCUGUCAAUCAUAGUGAGGACACUCAGAACAUCAUCCAGGGUGAGGAGUUUAUUGAUGAUGAUCUGGAUUCCCAAACACUAGGUAACGCAAGAGUGACUCCUUCUGGGAGAAGUGGCAACUUGAACAGCUACAGAGUUCCCCUAUUGCUGAUGCCGGUCAGUGUCCAGUCCCAGGCAAUCACUCAGGCGUGGUUUUGAGCAUCAACUCCAGAGAGAUGCACAGUUACCUGGUUAGCUGAUAUUUACAGCUGAACACAAAAACCGAAAGACACUUCUCUGUAUCAUUUUAUUUUUCUCUGAUAUCACUAAAAUUUCAAAUACGGCUGUAAAUGCUGGUGGAGAGGAGGUUCCUUAACAGUCCUGUGGAAAAAAAAGCAUCCAUCAUCAGUUACCGGGGAGAAGGAUAAUAAAUUUUGUGUUCCUCUAUGGUCUGGAAACUUGUUACAAUUCAAACUCCAAGUAAGGUAGCAAAUU